AGAUUCUUCACGUAAUUUCACGGGUAAAGUGAUCUUGGUGACUGGAUCCAGUUCCGGUAUAGGGGAGGGUAUCGUAAAAUUGAUGUCCAUAUUAGGUGCCAAAGUGGUGGUCACCGGUACUACGGAUGCGAAGGUUAAAGCGGUUGCCAAAGAGUGUGAAGACCUGUCGCCCUAUAAACUAAAGCCCCUCGAAGUGGUCGCAGAUCUGACCAAAAGUGAUGACUUGAAUCGUGUGAUCGCAGAGACGGUGAAGACUUUCGGAAGACUCGAUGUUUUGGUGAAUAACGCAGGGAUUCGGUCACAACUGACCACUAUUUUACAGACCGAUGUCAUGAAGGCCUGGGAUCAGCUCUACUCCCUUGACCUCAGGGCUGUCGUAGAGCUCACACAUGUGGCCGUCCCUCACCUCCUGAAGACUAACGGCUCUAUCAUCCAGAUAUCAGCCCUCGCGGGCUUAGCGCCGAUGCCCCAAAACCUGGUGUACGGACCGGCAAAAGCCGGGUUAGAUAUGUUAACCCGAGUCCUGGCCCUCGAGUUGGGACCCAAAGGCAUACGAGUCAACGCUAUUAAUCCCGGCGCUACGCAAGUGUUUGAACCGUUGCCACCGAUUUGGGAGAAGACCCGUGAGUUCACACCACUUAAGAAAUUAGGCCAACCCUUAGAUAUAGCCAAAGCCGUGGCUUUUCUCAUCUCAAGCGACGCCCAGUUUAUUACCGGCGCUAAUCUGGUGGUCGACGGAGGCUUUGUCUAUAAUGUCGGUGCUCUCAACCAACUGUUUCAAUGA